AAUAAGGGGGGAAGACUGUCAUUCUUUUUUUUUUUCCUUUUUUCUUCCUUUCUUUACUACACAUAAUAUGGCAAGAGAGACUAAGUUUUACGACGUUUUGGGUGUUAGCCCUGAUGCUUCUGAAAGCGAACUCAAGAAAGCUUAUAGAAAAUUAGCCCUUAAAUACCAUCCUGAUAAGAACCCUGCCGCUGGUGACAAAUUCAAAGAAAUCUCUCAUGCUUAUGAAGUCCUUUCUGAUCCUGAAAAGCGUCAAAUGUACGAUCAAUUUGGUGAAGAAGGAUUGAACGGUGGUCCCGGUAUGGGUGGCAUGGAUGCUGAAGAUCUCUUCUCUCAACUCUUUGGUGGUGGAUUUGGUGGAGCUCGUCGUGGCCCCUCUGGUCCUCGUCGUGGUAAAGACAUGGUUCAUGCCCUGAAGGUCAGCUUAGAAGACUUGUAUAACGGAAAGACCAGCAAACUUGCACUUCAGAAACACAUUCUCUGUCCUAAGUGUGACGGAAAGGGAGGUAAAGAAGGUGCUGUGCAGAAAUGUAAGACAUGUCACGGUCAAGGUAUUCGCUUAAUCACACGUCAAAUGGGUGCCAUGAUUCAACAAUUCCAACAACCAUGUAACGACUGUCGUGGUACUGGUGAAAUCAUUGAUGAAAAAGAUAGAUGUGGUGGAUGUCAAGGAAAAAAGGUGAUUGGCGAAAAGAAGAUUCUUGAAGUUUUUAUCGAUAAAGGUAUGCGUGAUGGACAGAAGAUUACAUUCUCUGGUGAAGGUGAUCAAGCUCCUGGUAUUGUUCCUGGUGAUAUUAUCAUUGUCAUUGAUGAAAAGCCUCAUCCUCACUUUAAGCGUCAAGGCGAUGACCUUAUUUAUGAAGCCAAGAUUGACCUUUUGACCGCUCUUGCUGGUGGUAAAUUCGCUAUACCCCAUUUAGAUGACCGUGUCUUGGUUGUCAACAUUUUGCCUGGUGAAGCCAUUAAGCCUGAUCAACUCAAGGUUAUUCCUGAUGAAGGUAUGCCUGCCUACCGUACGCACACGCGUGGUCAUUUGUUUGUCAAGUUCACAAUUGAGUUCCCUCAACCCAACUGGACUUCACCUGAAAACAUUGCUGCUCUUGAAAGUGUCUUGCCUCCUCGUCCUCAAUUGCCUUCAUUUGGUGAUAAGCAUGUUGAUGAAGUUGUUAUGGCUGAUGCUGAAGGUUAUCAAUCUAGCUCUAGACAAGGUUCAAAUGCCCAUAUGCAUGAUGGUUAUGAAGAUGAAGACGACCAUCAUGCUGGACCCGGUGUCCAAUGCGCUCAACAAUAAUAUUACUUUUAUGUACAGAGAUAAUAAAUUCCUUUUUUCUUUCUUUCUACUUGUAUCCCCUACUACAGUAGUUUGAACAAGCUGAC